AUGGUUGAAUCUGUCGGCGAGAAUGACCGUCACCUUCCAUCUUCAACAACUUCGUUACUUGAGCUUUUAAAUCACCUACAGCACCGAGCAGAUGAUCUUCUUCGAGAACUCGACAUUUAUCAAACAAUUCUCAAAUCUCACAACCAAGAAAACAAUGUCGAGAUUCGAGUCUUCAAGCGUGGCGUCGAAUCCGAGGUCAAGGCACUCCAUGCUGUCCAAGAUUUCUUUCAGCACGAGUCGACCUCCGCCAGUGAGAAUGAUAACUCUCUCGAAAAAGAAGAUCCCCUUCAAGCUCAUGUUUUGAAAAGUUCAAACUUGCCAUUUUACGAAUCAGUGUGGAAGGCUGCCAAGAAUUGUAAUAGCAUCACAGCCAUGAGCAAGAAGAUGUACUACAACUUGGAUCCGAACCCCAAAACUCCCCAUCCCAAAAAUGGCACCAAGAAUCCCCUGCAAGCCGACAAAAAAGGUGUGCUGGUUGAUAUAGUUGCGGACAACGGCCUCCAGUGGGUCAAAGUCUCAACAAUGACUGAGAAACGACUUCUCUUUGAGAUUGCCAAAGAAGGAUGGGAACAAUAUGCUGAUUAUUCUGACGAGAGUGACGAUGACUUAGGUCCAGCCUCAGACAUGCCUGGUCAAAAUACUCACCAGCUUGAAUUGGUUCGCGUAGCUCAUGACCUUCAAAAGGCAUCAGCGUCGGCAAGAAUCCACUUUCGUCAUCCUCAAGUUCGAUUUGUCCUCCCGAAUAUCCGGCGAGGUGUCAGUGAAGAUGUGGACGCAUUCAUCGCCGACUUGGUAUCUACAGGUGCAUCAGUUGAAUGUGCGUCCGAUAUUACCAAGGAACCGGUCAAGACGAUCGACUCCGAUUCCCUCAGUCAUCUUUUGCCAUCAGAUGCCACGAAAUUGACCUCUUCCCUCAACUUGGACUGCACCAUCCUUCUUGCCAUCAUUUCAGACAUCUCUCACGUUGAAAAGCGUCACAUAUCUCCCGCGUCACAUUCACUCCACACCACAUAUCACAGAGCAAUCAUGCGACAAAUCGAGUCUGAGGUAUCGGAGCCCAUGCUUCCAAAUGAGAUUUAUCCUCUACUGGCUAGUCGUACCUUGCAUUGCACCGCACAUGCAGCUCAGCGAAUGAGAGAGAUUGUACUGUGUAUGGGAACGACAACGGAGAGGUCUCGUGCAGAAAUUGUGCUUGGAGAAGGACCUUAUGCCGAUCAUGAUCCUGCACAACUACGCAUGGCGCUUUCACGUGAAUCAACACAUGCUGUUCCUAAUGAUCUCGUCCUCCCUAUCAAAGUUGUCCAAGUCGAUGUGAACGAUAACUGCGACCCUAACCUUAGUUCCGACAUUCUUCAUCUAUCGUUUCCCGCGAUAAUCGCCCAAAAGUCUGCUCUGAAAAUGAAACUCUCACCCAUUAACGCUUCUGUGUUUCUCUACGGGUGGAUGCAACAAAUGACAACUGUGACGAGCAAUCGUGCUGUAGCGAUGGGAUUCAUCAAGACGAUCAACGACGUUUUAGACUGGCACGAGCACAAGCACGAUGUCCAAGAUUUGGAGCACCCCAAGACCGCGAACCGGCAAUGCCAGAGAGAUGGUCAGCUAGAAAAGGGCGAAGGGGAUAUGUUCGUGGGACCAGAGAUCUAUGUAUGUGAGACAGCGCGAAGUCUGAUUGGCAAGGCAAAACCGAGAUGA